UGCUUCCCAACCGAACUGACUACAAUGGAAAUUAAGCCAAUGUGUAUCAAAUUAUAACCUAAAAAGUUAAUGACAACAGUAAUAAAUAUCAUGUCGCAAAUUUGUAGCAGUCUAGUCAGAAAAAUGUAUGAAUUUAAAUAUAUAAAAUUUAUGCCAAUUACUUUGGCAAUAAGAAAUAUGGCAACUGUGAAACGGUUUUAUAGAAGGACAAAUAUACUUUCAAGCGGCAGCAAAUUUGAAAUUAUGCUAGAUCAGAGGAAAUUAAAGACACCACAGGGUAAAAUAUUCGAAGUCAACAGCAAACCCUUGGCUUUAGCUGUAGCUGCUGAAUGGGAUGCGCAGAAGGAGAUCAUUGAUCGUGGCAAUAUGCACUUGACAGCCUUAUGCAAUACCGUGUUGGACAAUCCACAAAAUUGCACCAAAGUAGAUCUAGUCAAUAAUAUAGUAAACUGUUUAGAAAUGGAUACAGUAUUAUUUUAUUCCAGUGAGGCAGACGAACUAUAUAAGUUGCAGAUUGAAAAGUGGGAGCCUAUAGUUCAUUGGUUUUGUAAGCAUUACAAUGUAAAUAUUGCAGGAACUCAGAGUAUAGAGGCACCUGGUGUAUCGUUGGAAACCAAAACUGCAAUAACAAGACACCUAAUGUCACAUAAUUUCAAUAGUAUUUAUGGUCUUGUAUAUGCAGUAGAUGGAUUGAAAUCUGUUAUUCUAACUCUUGCCACAGCUGAGAGAACAAUUAACGUCUCAGAAGCUGUGGAUCUUUCGCGACUGGAGGAGAAAUAUCAGAUCUCUCACUGGGGUAACGUGGAAUGGCAUCAUGAGUAUAGCAAACAUGAUCUGCAGGCACGUCUUUCGGCAGCGAUGCUGUUCGUAUAUCUGAACUCGCACUCUGCUACUUCGCGACCGAAGAACGACGCCCCUGAUUAUAACUGGCAGAAAAUCCUAACGCGGCGUCCAGGUGAUUAUUCUCUAAUGGCGACUUAUCAGACUGGAAUGGAACAGUCGGGUCCGACCCACUCUUUUGUACAAAUGCAGCUGAAAAGUUGACGAAUCGUUGUAGGUGACGUGUGAAUAAUCAUAUAUUAUCAUAUAAGCAUAUUUCUACAUUGGAUUUUUACCUGUACGACGAUCCGUGAUGCAAGCACACAGCACCAUUUUUGCACAAGUGGUGGAUGCACUCGUUACGAUUACACUCGCCCACACCGCGACCGGUUGCGGGACUAGAACCGGUCAACGGAAGGAUCGAAGAGUCCGUGCGCAAUUCGACGUCGAAUAUGCAUCCGGAGAAUCCAGUAUGCAGAGGCAGAUCAUGCGGGAAAGACUGGAACGAACCUAACGUAUUUAGUUACGCUAAACUAAUUAAACACAAAAUGAGUGGAAAAAAGCUCAAUUGUUAUCUGCUAAGACAUCAAGAUUGCGAUCAACAUCAAGAUGCGGCAGAUAAAAAUAGAGCGCCUGCAUUUAGCGUCUACAUCGAAACACGCGAUGAGAGACAAUGCUUAAAACACCGAAGUUGUGCCAUGUGUACAUGGCUCUACAUGACAACAUACCAAUAUAAAGAACAGGCGAGACGUCCAAUUGAGUCAUAGAUCCUACUGCCUGACCGCUCACAUUGCUCAUACCCUCCACGGCGAGCCAUGCUUCUUUACUUCUUCUUCCAACCCGAAUCGUAUACGUUUUACUCUUACCAGCCGAUCCCAACACGUUCGUGGAACUCAACGAGUCGUUGGUGAAGAUCCUUCGCACCCCUAUUAGCCAACAAAAUGCAAUAGUAAAGCUCAUCGAUUCAGAUAGCGACUGUAUUCUCUAACAGGAGAUGAUCAUACUCACCAGAACCUAAAUCCCACGUGAGCAUGAUGUAGCCACGAACGAAUGUGAUCGAGAAGUGGUCGGAGACGUCGCGACGCGAGCCACGCUGCCCAAAGUACGCGAUCAGCGAGAUCUGGUCGAAUGUGCGGGGAAUAAGUCGCAGUUUUAGCUCCAUCGUAUCUUUUAUAGAAAUCGGUACGCCGUAAGCAAUAUAGGAAGCGAAACCGGGAAUAAGGACCGAGAAGGCCGGUCGUUCCAAGAUAGCAUCUGAGGACAAUAAGUAAUUUCGACAUAUCCUAUCGUUAACUUAACAUAUUAUGAAUCUGCAGAAUUGUCUUGUAGACUGUUUGUUAAACACAUUGCGGUUUGUUACCAUCUUCGCAUAAUAACCCGUGACUGCCGAGUGGACAAACGCAAAUGAAGCCGGUUCCUGGUGAACUCACGCACGUAGCGCCCAUCGAGCAAGGAUUAUCGUUGCAUGCUGAAUGUUCGCAUAAAGGCCCGACGUAUGGAAGGAUGUAAACCAG